AUGGCUGGUCUGGUUGCCGCGCUUGACCCACCAAUUUCGGAGAUUAGCUAUACUGUACAGAGUGCCUCCUUCCGUCCUACUAACACGUGGCGUAACCCCGUUGGCCCCCCGGAUCUACUGCUCUCCUUUCUGUUGGUUACCGGGUGCAGUGAGGGCAGCCUUCCACCCAACCUAGCCCCCUUUCCCUUACUCCAACCCACCCCCUCCCUCUUUCCGCCUCAAUUACCCCACCUGUCCAACCCGCUUUCUCUAUCCCUCCCCCCCGCUCCCCCCUUCCCCUUCUCCGCAGGUAUCAGGGGAAGCGCCGCAGCAGUGCUGUCCUCACUGCACCGGGUAUCAGGGGAAGCGCCGCAGCAGUGCUGUCCUCACUGCACCGGAGAAAGUAGUGGGAACUUCACAUCGGGAGCAGCAGCGGCAACAGCAGCAGCAGCAGCAGCAGCAGCAGCAGCAGCAGCAGCAGCAGCAGCAGCAGCAACCCCAGCAGCAGCAGAAGCAGAAGCAGAAGCAGAAGCAGUAGCAGAAGCAGUAGCAGAGGGAGGAAAUGUAAGGGCAGCAAUCGCGAGGCUGAACGUGCGUUUUGGUCCCAGAGAAAGUAGUGGGAACUUCACAUCGGGAGCAGCAGCGGCAACAGCAGCAGCAGCAGCAGCAGCAGCAGGAGCAGCAGCAGCAGCAGCAGGGCCAGUAGCAGCAGCAGGGCCAGUAGCAGCAGCAGGGCCAGUAGCAGCAGCAGGCGCAGCAGUAGCAAGAGCAGCAGCAGUAACAGCAGCUGAAAUCUCAUCUCCUGGUGUCCCACACAAUAAUUCCUCUCUCAGUAAUUCCUCUCUCAAUAAUUCCUCUCUCAAUAAUUCCUCUCUCAAUACUGCCCCUCUCAAUAAGCCGCUCUCCCAGGGGGGAAUGAAGCAUGGCUGCCACAGGUGGCCGUGCAGCGUGCGCCCCAGCCUGUGCGGCGUGAUGCAUCGCCCCAUCCGCGUCUACCUCAUCUGGUAUGGGCCGUUCUCCGCCGCGCAGAAGAACAUUCUCAGGAGCUUCAUCCGGUCGAUCUCGGACCGCAGGGACCCCGCGAACACAGGAUGGCCGUGCAGCGUGCGGCCAGGCCUGUGUGGCGUGAGGCAUCGCCCCAUCCGCGUCUACCUCAUCUGUCCCCAGCUGGUGGGACAUCAACCGUCAGAACCACGACCACAGCAUUUGCCCAAUCUCCUCCUCCGCGCACGUUUCUCCUGUCUCAGCUCCUUCCCUUCCUUCCUCUCUCGCCCCUUCUUUGCUCUCUUUCCCCUGUCGCCACCUCCCUCACCCCUCUCAGUCCCCAGCUGGUGGGACAUCAACCGUCAGUACCACGACUGCAGUGGCCGCCCUGUCUCCUCCUCCGUGUCCCUCAAAGGCGAGUCCUCAUACCCGUUCGGCCGCCGCUCUUCCCGCCGCCUCUCUUCCGGCCACCCGUCGUCCCCGCACCGCCCGUCUUCACAUUGCCGCCCGGUUGGAAUCCGUGUUAUCCGCGAGUCCAUAUUGAGACGAUACCUGCCGUUCGACACCAAAGGCAUUUACUUCGUGAUCUCCUCUCCCCGCAUGAAGAGGAAGAUGAUGCUGAAAGGAUUCUGCACCGCCUACUGUGGCUGGCACUCGUACCUCCCCAUGAUGGGCAAGAGGAUCAAGACGAGCCUCGUGGGCAACCCUGCUGGCAGGCAUGGGAGGGAGCUAGCAAGCAGCCUGGCGGCCCCCAACAGGGACAAGGGCAUGGACGCACUGUGCCUGCCCACCUGUGUGGCAUGGGAGGGAGCUAGCAAGCAGCCUAGCAGCCCCCAACAGGGACAAGGGGUAUGGACGCACUCGUCUCCACCUUCGCCUCUCGUCACACCUAUAUCAUUCUCUGCUCUCUACCCCUUUCCACCCCUCUGCACCCGACAGUGCUUGCCCAACUGUGCAUCGUGGGAGCUAGCGUCCAGCAUAGCAGCCCCCAACAGGGACAAGGGUAUGGACGCACUCGUCUCCACCUUCGCCCACGAGCUUGCAGAGGCCACCAGCGACCCGUACCUGUCUACCUGGAUGAAUGAGAAGGGAGAGGAGAACGCCGAUAUGUGCUCCUACAGGUGUGUGGCUCAGUGGGUGUGGGGUGCAGUGGUGUGGGGUUCAGUGGGUGUGGGGUGCAGUGGUGUGGGGUUCAGUGGUGUGGGGUGCAGUGGUGUGGGGUGCAGUGGUGUGGGGUUCAGUGGUGUGGGGUUCAGUGAGUGCAUGGUUGAAGGCCACCAGCGACCCGUUCCUCUCCACGUGGAUGGACGAGAAGGGGGGAGAGAAUGCCGAUGCCUGCUCCUACAUGUGCGGUUUGUGUUGCGUUGUGGUGCGGUUUCCUUCCACCCCCCCACCCUUGCUCCCACCUUCUCCCCCCCACCCUUGCUCCCACCACCUCCCCCCCACCCUUGCUCCCACCUUCUCCCCCCCACCCUUGCUCCCACCUUCUCCCCCCCACCCUUGCUCCCACCUUCUCCCCCCCACCCUUGCUCCCACCAUUUCCCCCCCCACCCUUGCUCCCACCUUUUUCCCCCCCACCCUCCUUUCCCGUCCCCUCUUCUCUCCCCUCUCUGA